AUGUUGAAGAAAAGACUCGCCCUCGAAGCUAAGCCAGCCUGGGUCACAGCCGUAGAUGGAGGACCACGAAGAGUGAACCAUGCUUCUGCUGCUAUCGGAGAAAGGGUGUACCUCUUCGGUGGCUACUGUUCUCUGGACUCGACGCCCUACUCGGACCAAGCUACAAGAUCUGUCUCCACCAUUGAUGUCUUCUGUUUAGAUUCGAAGACGAUGCGCUGGAAGAAGCUCCGGGACAAAGAUGGCUCGGAUAAAGUGAAGAACAUCGUAGACAGGAACUCUUUCAAGGACACCCCUUACAUGCGAUAUGGGCACGCAGUCACCCCAUACAAAGAUAAAGUUUAUCUCUGGGGUGGGAGAAACGACCAGUACGGCCCAGACGCCGACAUGUUUUGUUACUGCACCAUGAAGAAUUCGUGGGAGAAGGUCGAAUGGUCGGGAAAUCGUCCCUUCGGCCGCGAUGGACACACGAUGAACACAUGGAACGACAAAAUAAUCAUUUUCGGCGGAUUUGACGCCGAAUACGACACUUACUCCAACGAUACACACAUCUUUGAUAUCAAGGAAAAGUCCUGGAGCCGCGUGGUCACUUCUGGAAGUGCUCCGCGCUGGCGAGAUUUCCAUACUGCUGUCAUUAUCCGAGAUCGUCUUUUCAUUUUCGGCGGACGGUGCGAUGUAUUUGGCACUCAGCAGAGCGCCCGUGAUUACUACGACCCUUCCGUGAAAUACUUGGAUCUGAAGAGUCUGAAGUGGUCAAACCAGUUGGAUAAAGUCGCACCAGAUGCGGAACAGCCAAUUGGUCGACGAUCUCAUGCUGCUUUUGCCUAUAACGAGAAGAUGUUUAUUUUCGGCGGCUACAAUCAGCGCGAAAAAAACCAUUUCAAUGAUCUUUGGUGCUUCGACCCAGAAACAUGUAUUUGGUACCCGAUCUUUCCCUCGGGAAAGAAUCCAAGCCCCAGAAGACGGCACACUGCUUCUUGCAUCGGCUCAAAAGUCCUGAUAUCAGGCGGGACAGCACCAGUCGAAGAUCGAAGCAGAUGGCUCAGCGAUCCCGUCGAGUCAGAGGACGAAGAAAUCGCCCUGAAAGACCUCGCCGAAACCGUCUUGCUGGAUUUCGAUCCGACGCUCAAGACCUUCUGCCUAAUGGAGGUGAUGAAGAACUUGGCGAUGCUGAACAGCCUAGACGCUCCUCAAUUGCCGAAGACGCUCAUAAACGAACUGAGCGAUCUGACCGAAGACAAUGAGAUCUCUUGCAAGCGUACUAAUGGGGAAAGACCAAGGAAAAAGAAGAACGCACGGCCUGUGCUUUCCUACCGUAUCAAGGAUGUCCCACGCUCUAAAGGAUAA